CGGUACAUUUUCUGUGUUCUGACAGCCACUGUCGUCAAUAUCAGUUUAUCAGAAACCACGUCACGGGCGUCGAGUCGUGGUAAAACCUGGAACCUCCCCAUCUGUUUCGCAACCUACGUAAUUACAACUGGUUUGUGUUUAUCCGUUAAUCUUGGAGAGCCAGCAUUCACAUCGAGAAGUUUCUCCCUUGAUAUUUCUCAACUACAAACACACUCAGGCGGCUCUAUCGACGCUUGAACUCAUCGAAAUGUCGAAACGAACGAGCAGUGCCGUUGUUAACGGCAUCGUCGCUAAAGACGGUGGGAGCGACUUGUCUCCGCCUGACAAGCAAAAGCUGCUCCUUUCCGCCGACACUGGCCACCUCUCUCUCGUUCGAGCGAUGCACCUUGCCGACCUGAUCACACUCUGCAACGGAGCCUGCGGGACUCUCUCCGUCUUUAGCUCUCUCGCGUAUUGUCUUGGAGACCCCAACGACCUACAUGCCAUGUAUCGCGCUCUCCUCUUUCUCCCCCUCGGUCUCUUCUUCGACUUUUUAGAUGGCAAGGUCGCGCGCUGGCGCAAGAAGUCCUCCCUCAUGGGCCAAGAACUCGACUCGCUAGCCGACCUCAUCUCCUUCGGAGUUGCUCCUGCCGCUGCCGCAUUCGCUCUCGGGAUCCGGACCCCGCUCGACCAGCUCUUCCUUGCCUUCUUCGUUCUAUGCGGUCUCGCCCGACUGGCCCGCUUCAAUGUGACCGUUGCGGCGCUGCCUCGGGACGCUUCGGGAAAGAGCGCCUACUUUGAGGGCACGCCGAUCCCCACGACUUUAGCCCUCGACGGCAUCAUGGCGUAUUGGAUACACAAGGGAACUGUCUUGGGGGCCCUGCCCUUUGGCAUUGCACUUGAUGGUUCUCCGCUGGCGUUCCACACCGCCGCGCUCAUGUUCGUUGUGCAUGGUUGUCUAAUGACCAGCAGAAGCAUUCGGAUACCAAAGCCCUAAAGGAGGUCGGCUGAUGAGCCCGGCUGGAGGCCGCUACGAACCGUGCCUGGGGUCAUGUCCUGGGCGCAAGUUCGUUGUCACAAGGGCCCAUUGCGAUGGUGAGCACCUAAGACGUCGGGGUCCCUUUUGGAUGUGUGUUUUUCUUCCUGUCCUACCUCGGCGAUGCAGACGUCGAAAUCAGGAGAUGCUUAUGUUGGCUUAUUGGGCUUGUAAUGGAAACAGGGACACUGAACCGCGAACUAAACUGUAUGGUUUGUCCUAUCGUUCAAUGGCAUAGACCUAGUAAUCCGUUUAAGUGUAUAAUAGACAUGAUGUUUGGUGCCA